AUGGCGGAGGUUGUGUGCAAGUGUGGGGAGCGCGCACCGCCUGAUGUGGCUCGCCGUGCUCGCGAGCGCGCUGCUGCUGCUGAGCGGGAUCGCUUCCCUCGUGACAAGCGUGGUCAGGGCGGACGGGAUCCACUUCAGCAGAAGCUCGAUGCGCUGAAGAAGAAGUUCGACGCCUUGGUGGUUAGGGGCGAUGGGAGCAGCUCUCCUACGCCCGCUACGGCUAUUGCUGGCGACAGUAAGGAGACCACGGAGUCCGACAAACUCGAGGAACAUAUCAAGCAGUUGGAGACGUCGCUGGCGUCACGCAAAAUACUUCCUGGAGACAGUGGAAAAGAAACAUGUGAGUCGCUGGAGAAGCAGCUGUCCGAGGCCAAGCGGUCGCUGGCGGCAACCAAACCAGAGCUCACAAAGCAUACGAAUGUUGGUCAUCGGCCUGCCCUGGCAACGACGCGGAGGAGCAAGCUGGAGCAGAACGUGUCCGAACAGUUGGAGAUCCUACGAGCGAAUGAGGAACAUUUCGAUACAUUGCGUGCCCAGAUCAAAGCAGUUGACGAGGCGAUUGCGCUUCUCAACCGCGAGCUGGUCACCACUCUUCCUAUGGCGCUUAAGGUCGCGCUCGAGGUUGACCCCAAUGUCCUGGCGCAGCACCCGCAGGCGGAGUCGCUGAGGGCUUUCAUGGAGUCCGAGACGUUUAAGUGUUUCACCGAGGUCCUUGGGGAGAGCGUCGAGGCCAGGGAGGUCCCGAAGCCAGAGCCCGCGCCCUCGCCCUUUGCGCCGCCUCCUGGCGAAG